GCCGAACGCCUCCGAGUGGUUUGCCACUGCAGUCAUGCCUCUACACCGACGCCGCUCGUCCAUUUUAGGACAGACGUCCACAGAGCGACCAGCCCCUGCCUCCUGCGGGAGGAUGGGAGCUGCUGGCACCGCCGCCCCCCGCGGCGUCUUUGUGGGCCCUGCGCCCGCGGUGGGUGUGGCCUCAGGCUUGGGGACCCGGGUGUCCCGGAGAGCUCUGGGGAUCAGCAGCGUCUUCUUGCAAGGAAUGAGGAGCAGCACCGUGCCGGUGCUGCCACAGACGGGGCAACGGGCCGGGGGGCAGGGGGCGGGGGCCCUGAACAGCUGUCUGAUGGAGUAUCGGGAAAAGGUGAGGGCGCUGGAGCAGCUGAACCAGCAGCUGGAGCAGCAGAUCCGUCUCUGCCUGGACCGCAGGGCAUCCAGCGCCGGAACCUGGGGCCCGCUCCGGAGGGAGUGGGAGGAGGUCUACAGACAGGUCAGUGAAGCCAUCCUAGACAACGCCCGUCUGAUGCUACAAACUGAGAAUGUGCAAGCCAGCGCCGAGGACUUUAAAGAAAGGUUUGAGAGUGAGCAGCCUUUACGGAGCGCCAUGGAAGAGGAGAUCAGCUCGCUGUACAGAGUGAUCCAGGAGGCCAGAGUGACGAAGGCGGAGCUGGAGGAGCAGAUGGAGAUGAUGAGGCAGGAGCUGCGCACCCUGGAGCAGAACCAUGAGCAGGACGUGCGCGCUCUCUACCACCAGAUGGAGGGACGUGAGGUGGACGAGCCGGACGCUCCUAUCGAAACCAGUCUGGACCAAAUCCUGGCGAACAUUAGGAGCCAUUGGGAGAAGGUGACGGAGAAGAAUCGCGUUGAGGCCGACAACUACCAGGAGUGUAAGGAGGCGCCGUGCACCAGCAGCAGGCUGAGCCCGGAGGAGGAGCAGGUGGAGGCGCUGAAGGCCGAAUGCAGCGAGACUGGCUGCAAAAUCCAGAGUCUGCAGGCAGAGACUGAGUCCAUCAGAGCACUGAAACGAGGCCUGGAGAGCUCACUGACGGACGCGCGGCACUGGCACCAGCUGGAGCUGCAGAACCUGGGCUCCGUGGUUUCCAAGCUGGAGGCGGAGCUGGCUGACGUGCGCGAAGAGAUCGAGCAGCAGCGCCGCGACUACGACACGUUGCUAAGCAACAAACAGAAGCUAGAGCAGGAGAUCGGCCUUUACCACGGCAUCCUGGACGGGGAGGAGAGCCGCUUCCAACCCACUACCACCACGCAGUGUACAGCUCCGAAUGCAGAGUGUGAGGGUGCAACUCCAGCACCUCCAGAACAGUGAAGACAUCCAGAAUCUGGACCGGCUGGCGUCCUGAACUCUUUUGAGUCUUCGUGCAGAGGAACAAGCAUUCUAAAGCUCACCUGAAGGACUCAGCUGUUCAGGUGUGACGGAGGAGGCGGUGCACAGCUCACCAUCACUGUGAUGUAGAAGAGCUUUGGGUCAGAACAUCUGAACAUCCUCCUGGUUGUGCUGUGGAGCAUGUUUGCUGUUUUCUUAUAGAGAAUAAAGUAAAUGUAAUGCUGCA